AUGGCUGCAUGCGCUUGCAUUGGUUGCUGCGCGUGUUACAUUUUUAAAACUGAAAUUCGAAGUACCCUUAAGUUUGCAAAACGUCAAACGAGAUCAACUGAUCAGACACAAGGCACAAAUGAUAUACCAGGAAGAGAGUUAACCCCCAGUAUACCAUCACCACAGAUUUCGCCAAAAACUGAUACACAAGAAAAAGCACAUGAGAGUUGGUUUUGA